AUGCUUCAACCUCGCAGUGAGCAACUCAAUUCCAAUACUGGAGCUUCUGCUACGCAGCCACUUGCCUCUGCGGUUGAAGAACGACCUAUACUCUCGGCGGACUGGUCUCAUUUCGACCCUUCUAUGGGCCAUACCUCAACGGUCGGACAGUCACCUGCGCACUCUGAGGACUCGUCUCAUUGCUACCCUUCUAUGACCCAUGCCUCCACUGUCGGACAGCCACCCAGACUCUCUGCGGACUGGUCUCGUUACGACCGUUCUAUGAGCCGCGCGUUCAUGAUCCGACAGCCACCUACACCCUCUGUGGACUCGUCUCAUUGCUACCCUUAUAUGGGCCAUGCCUCCACGGUCGGACAACCACCUGUGCACUCUGUGGACUGGUCUCAUUACGACCCUUCUAUGAGCCGUGCCUCCAUGGUCGGACAACCAUGCGCACCCUCCGCGGGUUAUUCUAUUCACCACCCUUCCAUGAGCCAUGCCUCCACAGUCGGAAAACCACCUGUCCUAUCUGUGGAGUGGUCCCGUUCCAACCCUUCUAUGGGCCAUGCCUUCGCGUCUCUCGACCCCAACAGGGCUAUGCAUACCAUCCUCCGUCCUCCCACGGUCGACAACUUGUACCAGAGCAACAUGCAGUCCUCCUCGGUCAGGCAGUAUAGAGCCACCGAGUUUGAAACUGAAGAUCAUCUCGGUCCCGGUCAAACCACAACUCGGAUCCGGUCCUCGGAACUGAGUCUCUCCCCGCAAGAGACAUCUCCAAGCAAGAACAACGUCGAGUCUACUCACGGUGAACCCCAGGAACAAGAGUGA